AGCCGGCGCCAAGACUACGCCGCGUUCGCACGCAAAACUCAUUCAAGUUCGCGUCGGAGUUGGACGUAUCUAACGUCCUACAUUUUGGCGGUAAUAUCAUUUCAAAAUUCGAACGCGUUCUAAUCGAAAAAAUAUCUAAUAAUAUGUGAAUAAAAAAAUAAGAAGGUAUACACUGUUUUUGACAGAUUAUAAAUAAUACAUUCGAAAUUUUAAAAUUAAAAACAGGCAGUUUAAAAAUUAAAAUGUUUCUUUACUUUUUAAUUUUAUUCGCGUCGUCUUCAGCGUAUGUUUUAGAGGAAGAGUGCCUUAAUUACACAGUGUAUCCAGUGCAAUAUGAACUGACUUUAGUUCCUCAUAUAUAUAAAGAUGGUAAUUCUUAUUACGAUUGUGAUAUAGUGAUUACGAUAAUAGCGAAUGCCCCAAACGUAAAUGUUAUAGAAUUGGACGCUAGAGAUUUGGAAAUAAAAGGUGAUUCCAUACAAGUUUUAGAUAAAAAUGUAAAUUUAAUAAACCAAUACCGGCCUUACGAAUUUGAUAAUAGAAGAGGCAAAUUGUUUAUAUAUUUAAGGGAACCACUUAAACAAUAUAGUUUGGCUCGGACUCAAUAUUUUGUGAAGAUAUCCUUUACCAAACAAGUGAGUUUCGAUAACCAAGGAAUUUUCGUAGUGGAAUAUGAAGAAGAUGGGAAGUCAAAAUAUCUCUACACGACUCGUCUCUCACCUAACAAAGCAAAAUACUUCUUCCCAUGUUUCGACAAUCCACAAUUCGAAGCAGUCUUCAAAUUUAAAGUGCACGUCGCAACGCCACAUCCAGGACUACAGCAUUGUAACACCAGUUUGGUCAUUGCCAAGGAGUUCAAGCAACAUAAUUCGAAAGACAGCUACUCAAUCAUUGAGUAUAUACCGUCGCCGCAAGCCGGCCUCCAUCAAAUAGGAUUUCACCAUUCUAACUUUGGUAGCCGAGAGAUUUCCGUCAAAAACGACACGUUAGUUGUUUGGGCGCCAGUGUCUCAUCUCAAGCAUUAUACAUUUAUAUUGGAUUUUGGAGAAACACUUAUCAAUUUGAUUCAUGAAUAUGCAUUGAUUGAUCGGCCUCUUGUAUACGGACCAAUAAAUAUAGUUGCUGUUCCAACCAUACUUAAUGGAUAUGAAAUCGCAAGCUGGAAUCUACUUACCAUUGGUGACAAUAAAUUGGCUAAUAUAUACGAGUACACGAGUAUAAAGCAAAUAGAGCGUAUGAUGUUCGAGCUUGCUCAGCAACUGAGUCGGAUUUGGCUCGGCAAUCCCGGGGAAUCGCAACGCACUAGAUGGAGAGAAGAAUGGUUCAAAGAGGGCGUCGCAACUUAUAUGGCUCAUUAUUUAUUGUCGCAGUACAACCACGGCGAUAUGUCAAUAGGACGAAGACGAACAAUUGAAAAUUAUGGCUUGCAAAUGAAACACAAAGCAAUGGCAGUCGAUUGGCAUCAUACAACGCCAGCUUUAGCAACUUUCAACCGGACAUUGGCAAUAGAAAUACCAUCGAGGUACAAAGAGCUGGUGACGAUGAAAACGGCUUCGUUACUUUGGAUGGUGGAAAAUUGGUUGGGUUCAGAAAAAUAUCAUCAGGCUUUAGUUAAAUACAUAAAUAGCAGGAGAGGACAGUACAUAUCCCUAGCUGAUUUCAUGAUAAAUCUCGACCGUAACACUGUAGAAUGUCUGCAUCAGUUCUUUAACGGGUCUACAGCUUCAAGAGUCCUCAAUUCCUGGUUCCAUCAGGCUGGAUAUCCUAUUAUAAAUGUACAAGUAUUGAGAGAUCGAACACCAAAUGCAAUACAGCUGAAGCAGAGAAAAUUCAGCUUCACCGAAGACUUCAGAUUCGACUCAAACUAUCUAAUCCCUAUCUCAUACAUCGUUCAGAACAAUCAGAACUGUUACAACUGCUUCCAACCGAGGUUCACCAUCGGUAUGCAGACUUACACGUUUGGAGAAAAUCUCAAUGGUGGUUGGAUCAUUCUGAAUAGAAACGCUUCAGGAUAUUAUCGAGUCAAUUACGACGAUGAAACAUGGGGACUAAUUGCGAAAACUCUGAAAGAAAAUCACGCAGCUAUCGAUGAAUUAAAUAGAGCACAGAUUGUAAAUGAUAUUUUUGCACUCUACGCCGCUGGAGACGUACGGGAAGAUAUCGCUAUAGAAGUUUUAGAUUACCUUAACAAAGAACUAAGUCUAGCAGUCUGGGAAUCUGCUAUAUCCGGUUUCGAAUUAUUCAAGAUAGAGGGCGUUAAGAUGACUAAGAUGACCUAUGAAGAAUGGCAGAGAUUUAUGCAAAAGAAAGUAUCCGUGAUAUACAGAAGAUUGAUGGCAAACAUCGAACAACGUCCAAACACGAGAUUGUUUAGGAGCAGUAUCGUUGAAUUUGCUUGCGAAAUUAAACAUAGACCUUGCUUGAACGAAAUGAGGCGAUAUUAUGCAGAUCAUAUAGACGCUAAGAUGAGAUUCAAUCCAGACUUUCGUGAAGCCUGUUAUUACACAGUCGUCCAAGAUGGUAGAGAUAAUAUAGGAACUAAAUUAAAUAGAUUUGAAAUAGAAGACAAAAUAAUCGCAGAACACAAAGUGCGUGAAGAAAAUAGAUUUCUCUACAGAAUCCCAAUAGGUAGCCCAAGACCUCUCCCGAUCAGGAUGUCGACAACGACCGUGAGACCCACCGAGAUACCAUUAACUUCAACACCAGAAUCAACUAAUGAAGGUACCGUUUCGCUUAUAACCUCCUUGGUAUUAGUUACAGGAAUACUUAUAACUUUUACAUUAAGAUGAAAAGUAUACUAAUUUUAGUGUAAAUGUUUUUGGGAGGUUCAUACAGCAUUUAACCUUUUUUAUUUAUUUAGUGAUUGUUUGAUUUCAACUAUUUUGGUUGCAUGAUUUAUAGAAUCAUACCAAUUUUGUUUGAUUCUUGUAGAUUGAACAACA